AUGAAUUGGUACCACACAAGUCGUUUGGCGUUCGAAGACAAAGUGCUGACUUUGCGAAAGGCAGCACCUUCGCAACAAAUCAAUAUCGAUUGCGGCCGACAACCUGGCCCGUCGUCAAUCGACGAAUCGUACUACCUCCCACCAGGAACGGAGCGUCAGCUAGCGAAGGACUUCGCCUUCCUCGCAGCUUGGCGCGAUUUACCGGAGUGCGUAGCUGCAGCGACUCUGCAGCAAGGCGACGAUGGAUCAGGCUUGAAGAUCCACAUUGCAGCUAAUGGACGGAUCGACGAGUCCAUUGAAACGAGCAUCGCACGACCUUGUCCCUUACUUGUGCAGCGCGCAACCCAUGGUGAGCUUAGACAUAUCUUCACGCGGCCGCUAAGCUUAAAACCCCUAGUGAUCACGAAAGAGGCCUGUUUCGAGCAGUGUCUGACAGAAGUCAGCAGUCUCCACGUUCAGAGGAUGAAAGAACGUCUGGGAUGCGUGAAUUCGUCCUCAUACUCGAAGAGACGUUUUGGAGAGGCCGUGUCGUUAUCGGGGAGGCUCGCAGCCUUGAUAAAAGGCAUUAAGGGUCGAAAGGCCACGCAGGCGACGGAAGGAAGGAAGGCUACGCUGCAGCUCAUGGGCCGCCUGCUUGAUAUGAUCCGGGUAUGUGAACGUACCAUACCGGGACAUGAGACUUCAGCUGUCAGGAAUGUGAUUGUAGCAUCGUAUCACCUCUCAGUGGACGGUGUGUCCUUAGUUGGAAGACUCCAGGCACCGGGUGUGGAUCCUGAAACUCUUCAGCGAAAGGAAGUUCGGCAUGUUCAGGCCUUUGCCAACUACUAUCGGAUAUGUGUAUACUUCACCGCAGCCGCCCACUCGCAUCGGACUAUUUUCAGGAAUACCAAGGUCAUCGCCGUCCAAAACCACGAAUGCGAACUAUGGCGAGAUAUGAAGCACCAUGUGCAUGCGGAAAUACAGCUACUUGUGUAUCAUGAGAUGCACAUCGUUCCCGAUUCUGCAUAUGAGAAGGGCACAUGUACUAUCUCUGGCGUAUCGGCAAGCCUCGAACGCAUGGAGCAGGUCGUCGACGUUUCCGAGUUGGCACUGGAAAGUGAGCUAAUACUAGACGUCGCUGACCCCAGGACUGGAAUGACUUUUGUGCUACAGAACACUGCUGGCAAAAGUAUCAGACUCGUUCUCCGGUGGCAUGUAGAAUGA